AUGAUUCUGCCACUCUGUAACUCUGCCCACCCUAUAAUCCUGCCACCCUGUAACCCUGCAAACCCUGCUACCUUCGCCUUUCACCCUGGUAUCCUUUCACCCUGGUAUCCUUUCACCCUUUCACCCUGGUAUCCUUUCACUCCUUUCACGCCUGGUAUCCUUUCACCCUGGUAUCCUUUCACCUUUCACCCUGGGUCAUCCUUUCAACGCCUGGUUAUCCUUUCCACCCUGCUUUUCACGCCUUCACCGCUGGUAUGCCUUUCACUUCCUGGUAUCCUUUCAACCCCUGGUAUUGCCUUUCACCCUGGUAUCCUUUCACCCUUUCACCCUGGUAUCCUUUCACGCGCUUUCCACUGGUUCACCCUGUAUCCUUUCACCCUGGGGUAUCCUUUCAACCCUUUCACCCUGGUAUCGCUUUCACCCUUUCACCCCAUGGUCACCGUCUGUAAUCCUUUCAACCCCUGUAACCCUUUUCAUCCCUUCGUCACGCCUGUUCCCUUCUACGUCUUUCACCCUGGUAUCCUUCCUCCACUCCUUUCACCCUGUUUCCCUGCCAGUUCCCCUGUCAAGUUCUUAAGCGGACCUUCCCUUGACACCCUGCCGGAUUCCUUGACAGUCUCCCUGCCAGUACCCCUCUACUUUAAUCCUUGCCAUGAAUACGCGUCAAACUCUCUACCUGCAUCGCCAAUACCCUGUCAAGAAUCCUGUCAAGCUUAUCCUCCCUUCCCCGUGUCAUAUUCCUCCGUCAACAUCCUGUCAAGCUCACCCCACAACCUGCCCUUAAAUUCCCUGUCAAACACCCUCCCAAGCUCACCCUGUCAAACUGACCCUGUCGGGUUUACCCUAUCAGACUCACCCUGUCAAGCACACCCUGUCAAACCUACCCUGUCAAGCACACCCAGCAAGCUCUCCCUGUCAAACCGACCCUGUCAAGCACAUCCUGCCAAGCUCUCCCUGUCAAUCCGACCCUGUCAAUUUCACCCUGUCAAAGCGUCCCUGUCAAGCUCACCCGCUCAGUUCCCUGCCAAGCUCCCCUGUAGGCCUAUCACCACCCCGCCCCUGACAACCAGCUGA